CCCAGAGAAUCACAAAGAAAUCCAUCAAAUACAAUGGGUGGCGCAACACCGACGGAGUCAAUUCGACCUUUAUAUUUACCACGAUAUUUUCGGCAUUAUUGCCACUUCAGGAGCAUAAAAAAUCCACCCAUUGUUUAGUUUUCCCCUAUUCAUGGCCAAUCUUUAAAACUUACUAGAAAAGGAGGAAUACCAACUUGGGAGUCUCAACUCCAAAGUUCUGAAGUCUCUCCAUUAUAAUCUAAGAAAAACAACCGCAAAGGCUUGUAGUCUCUUGAGAACAAGUUUUAACCGAGGCGCUAAGGAAACCAAAAUUCAAUUAAGGAGUCCCGGGAUCUCUGAUUUUAUUGAUUUGCGGUGUUUAAUUGAAAGCUGUGGAUAUGGCUGUGGUGCUUGGCACCAAAUGCCUUCCGCCCACUUCAUUACAUCCCAAGUCAGGAGGAUGGGAAUCCAUACCUGUUGAAAAUGAGCAUGCAAAAUUCAUUGGUAGAAGCUCUAGACUGAUCAUUCUACAUCCUUUAUUUUGUACAAUUGAUCGGCCUUAUUCUAUUCGUUUUCGCAAUGAGUUUUAUCGGCAAAGAAGGUCUCAUACUGUAUAUAGAAACCGUCCGGGCAUUGUUUCGGUAUUGGAGAAAGUAAUUCCAGAUGUUGUGCAUGAAUCUACUAAUAAUCAGGCAUCCUCAGUUUGGAAAGAUUUUGCAAGACGUGUGUCGGGUGAAUGGGAUGGGUAUGGAGCAGAAUUCACUGCCAUAGGGAAACCCAUAGAACUUCCAGAGGUGGUUGUUCCUGAAGCAUUUAGAGAGUGGGAAGUUGAAGUUUAUGACUGGCAAACACAAUGUCCUACACUUGCAGAAGAAAAUUCAGUUGCUCUUAUUUAUAAGUCAAUAAAGUUGCUUCCCACUGUUGGAUGUGAAGCUGAUGCUGCAUCAAGGCAUAAUGUAGAUGAAAGGCAAAUUGGAGGGAAUGAUAAUCAUGUUUCAUGUUUCGCUUUUCAUUCAAGUGGCUGUUAUAUAGCUGCUUGGCCUAGCAGAAAUCCAAAGAAUGGAAGUUAUAUGCCUUCAAUUGAGGAAUCAAUAGAAAAGAAAGAUAGAUGCAAUACAAUCGAGAUAGAACAUUGCCUCAUUGAAGGAACAAAUUCAGAGUCACGUGUGAGGAUUAUACAACAAAUAGAUCUUGGGGAAAUUAACAAGGAACAGAAAACCAAGCCAAGGUUGCAAAAAAUUGCUGUCUAUAGUGAACAGUGGUAUGGACCAUUCAGAAAUGGUGAGCAGCUUGGUGGAUGUGCGAUUGGUAUAUCUGCAUUUGCUUCAACUAGUCCGCUUCAUGCAUCACAGCUUGUGGGCACAUGGGAAACUCAAAAUCUUGUUGCAGAGUUCAAAAAUGAAUCUGACUUAUUUAAAGAACUGGCAGAUGAUGGAUCUGAGUACGUAAAAAGAGAAGUGGAAGACCUGGUAUUUCUUCCAAAGAAUUUGUGGUGUGUUUUUAGAAUCAUUGACAAUGAUCAUUUUAUCAGUGAAGCAGGAUGGCUCACAGACCCUCAAAAUGCAGUGACAUCGAAUUAUGAAUUUUCAAGAGAUGGAAAGUUAAAGAGAACUAUUCUCCGAUUUGAACGGCAGUGCAGCAAGAGCUUAUAAUGGUGCUAAUUAGUGGGGAUUCUUCUCUGGUUAUGUUCUGGUCUGUAUCACCUUUCCUCAAUUGUCUGAAGUUAUCUGAUUCAGUGUGUUUGCACGAUGAAUUUGAUUGGAUUCUCAAAGGUUUAGGGCCAAAUUAUCCUCUUGUAAUAAUACUUAGUAACUGAAAAUCUUGCAUGCAAGAUUUGUGGUACACGUGUUAUGUUCUUCAACAAGGCAGUAGUAGAUAUUGUACCAAAUCUAUAUAUGGCAGAUGAAUUUUGAAUUAUCCCUUGAAAUAGAGUAUCUACAGACGGAGCCAUUGAUAUGUUGAAAAGUGAAAAAUUACUCCCACAUACUAUUAAUGGUUGUCUAGUAUAAGUAAGAACGUUUUGGAAAUCAUCCUUCAUAGAAAUUGUAUCAUUCGCAUUCAAAGUGGUAUCUUAAUAUGUCAUGUCAUCUACACUUAAUAGUGAUUAAUGGUUACUUACAGUCA